ACGAAACAUGGCUCCGGUACAACCAGUCGCGUUCUACGUACCGCUUUGGAGCGAGUCGCGCUUUCUUUGGUCGUCGUACGGACGGUUACCAGUUUUAUAACCUCUCCGUUUGUUUACAUUGGCUGUUUGUCUCUUAUUUAGCUGUUUCCUGGCCAUUUUAGUGUAGUUUCGGAUGUGACCGAUGUGGAAAUUCGAUAAUGAACAGAUCUGAAGAGACGAUAUUUAUUAUUGACAAUAAUAAAAUGAAUUUUCGCCAUCGAAAAUUAAUACAAACAUUUACUUGCGUCGUGUUAUUGUUGUACAGUGUUCUUGUAGUGUAUCAAACUUUUUAUAGGAGUGUCAACAGUGCCGAUAGGGUCGACAACAAAAACAAUAAGGUGUUUGUAAAGAAGCACGUUUACGAGCGUACACUAGCCCAAGAACCGUCCUUGAAUGACGCGUACGGUAUCUCGAUGUCCACCGACAGCCCAUCGGCUACGGCCACGGUCAAACCACCCACUGUCACUCUCGACGACGUAUUCAUCAGCGUUAAAACCACCAGAAAUUACCACAACAGCCGACUGCCGAUUAUACUGAAGACGUGGUUUCAGCUAGCGAAAAAACAGACAUGGCUUUUCACUGACACCAACGACUCGGAUUUCCAGACCAGAACCAAUGGGCAUAUGAUCAAUACCAACUGCUCAUCUUCUCACAACAGAAAAGCACUUUGCUGCAAGAUGUCAGUGGAGUUUGAUACGUUUUUAAACACCGACAAAAAGUGGUUUUGUCAUUUUGAUGAUGACAAUUAUGUGAAUGUACCACGACUGGUGAAGUUUUUGGGAGACUAUAAUCCCCGGGAAGACUGGUAUUUGGGAAAACCCAGCAUUCAAGCUCCUUUGGAAAUUGUGAGCAAGGAUAAAAGAGCGCAAAAAGUUCGAUUUUGGUUUGCAACAGGCGGCGCGGGAUUUUGCUUGAGCAGAGCCCUGGCUUUGAAAAUGAUGCCGUUAGCGAGUGAUGGAAAAUUUAUCAGUAUUGGAGAAAGAAUUCGUUUGCCAGACGAUGUUACAAUGGGUUAUAUUAUUGAACAUUUAUUGAAGAAGCAACUUACAGUCGUGGAUCUAUUUCAUUCUCACCUAGAACCAAUGAAGUUCAUUAGACGUGAUCUUAUUCAAGACCAG